UUUUCACGGAAAAAGAUAAAAGUCGUUUCAAUGGAAAUUCGUAGUGAUUAUUGACUCCUUAUCAUUGUCUCAACGUGACAAUAAAGAAGACGACGACGGAGCUGGACAAAACUUUGCCGGUAAAGUGGGUGGCGCCUUUCCUUUAAAGUUAUUAACUUAUUACACCCAUCGCCACCACGAAUUCAGAUCAAAAAGAGGUAAUGGCUUCUUCUGGAGACUCAUGGAUCCGGGAGUAUAACGAAGCACUGAAACUCGCGGAUGAUAUCACUAACAUGAUAUCUGAAAGGAAUUCAUUGCCUGCUUCAGGCCCAGAAGCGCAACGUCAUUCAUCCGCUAUAAGGAGGAAGAUCACAAUAUUAGGAACUAGACUUGAUAACUUACAGUCUAUCCUGUCAAAGCUUCCUGGAAAGCAGCCUUUGACAGAGAAAGAGAUGAAUCGUCGCAAGGAUAUGCUUGCAAAUUUAAAAUCGAAAGUAACCCAAAUGGCCUCCACAUUGAACAUGUCAAGCCUCGCCAAUAGGGACAGCUUGCUUGGACCAGAAAUAAAGCCGGUUGAUGCUAUGAGCAGAGCAACAGGCCUUGACAAUUAUGGGGUUGUUGGUCUUCAACGGCAAAUUAUGAAAGAGCAAGAUGAGGGCCUUGAGAGUUUGGAGGAGACAGUGAUGAGCACCAAACAUAUAGCACUGGCAGUUAAUGAAGAACUUGGCUUGCAAACAAGACUUAUUGAUAACCUGGACGAACAUGUUGAUGUUACAGACUCAAGACUUCAGCGAGUGCAGAAAAAGCUUGCAAUUUUGAACAAGCGCACAAAGGGUGGUUGCUCUUGCAUGUGUCUGCUUCUAUCGGCGCUUGGGAUUGUAGUUCUUGUUGUGGCAAUAUAUAUGUUGAUUAAGUAUCUGUAAAUGCAAAAGAACUAGUGCCUUGGAGUGUGUAUGAGAAGUGUGUCUGUGACAACUUGAACAUCUCUUUCUAUUUCUCCUGUGUAAUCGAUAUUUUUGUGAUUGUGUGAUCACAUUAGUGUGUUGAGACUUGAGACAGGUUUGAAGUUUGAACUCUGUUUUCCUACUUGAUAUGCUUUCAUAUGUAGAAAAGACAUCGAGAGCAGCUUAUAAAGUCUAUUAAUACCAGGUUUGAGUAGUUUUCUGA